AUGUACAACAACGGAAGCAGUUAUGUGUGGGAUCGUCCGAAUGGCGUCGCUCCUCUACCGUUAACUCAAGAUCAGCAAUACUGGAAAGGAGGAGGCGCUGCACCGCCGUAUGAUCCCAACACUGCAUGCGUAUACUGGGAUGGUGAUGCGACCGGACUACUGGCGCCUGUGGCAAGGAGAUGGCGUUUGUGUGUGAGAAGCAUCAGUACAAAGAGGAAUUAUCCUCCGAGCAAACGUGGAGACGACGAUCUUCCACCCGGAAAAUGGAGUAUGACCAUAGCGGUCAACCCAUCAGGCGAUCAACCAGAAAUCUGUUCGGUUAGUGUGCGAAUGCAGAGCAGUCUACAAGUAGUCGCCGGUUUCACAACCAACAUAGCCUCGGAUUACCCGGCUAUGGAACCGAAAGCUGAUUCGGGAAAGGCGAACCGAAUAAUUUCCUAUGUGCAUCCUGCAAGUAGCUAUGGACAUCAAACUCCUGUACUCACACAUGCUCUACUCUCUGACCCCUACGACGCAACGUUCUACAAUGCUGCCACUUACGAGGCGCGUGCCGGUUGCGCAUUCUCGUGGAUGACGCAGACGUUCAGUUGUCCAAAGACUCAAAGUGUUACCAACGACUUCAUGAUUGCGCAUGUUGGUGAAGAUGAAUUUGGCUAUUUGUUCCAAAGACUGACGCGUGCCCAUUGUACCCAGGCAGAUAUACCA